AUGGUGCGUCGGAUUGUUCGCCAGUCGCCAAGGCCAUCUCAAUGUCUUGCUAACUUGGAGGAGCAAAACUAUGCGGACGCUGGCGAAACAGCCCUACCAGGAGGAAAGAUGGAACCACAAGACUUGUCACUCGAAGAUACCGCUCGCCGCGAAGCACACGAAGAAUGUGGGAUCACCCUCAACCGGCAUAAAGUCCGAAAAUUGGCCACCUUAUCAUCCUUUCUAACUCGCGGAAACCUCAUUGUCACCCCCAUCGUAUUUUUCAUUGCCGAUCAAACUUUAAUGGCUGGCUCGGUGUACGAGUCCUAUAAUAUCAACCAUCUAUCCAAGCUGACGGCCGCACUCCAGCAGCCAAGUUUCUGUCCUCCCAUCUUCUCAGUUCAGGUCGAUGCACCUGGAAAUGAAGUACAAAGUUCCGGGCAAGAUUUCUUCACUAAUGAUCCGACUUAUUUCGAUCUCCACCAGCACCAGUCACAGAUUUCUUCUGAGGCCAUGAACUUACAGGGAUCUUCCAACAAUCUAUACGACCCCAUUAAUGUCCCCUAUCUCUUCAGCUCUCAACCUGAGCAGACUUUUCAAUCCACAUGA